GCUUCUCUCGCCUUUAUUUGUGUGCAGGAGCUCGAGGUUUGGAGCAUAUUUUUCAGCUGAUAAUGUAGUCUUUGGUUUAAUCUUUGCAAAUGCGGCUGUUUCUAUAAUGUGGCAAGUUCUACCUCAAGACUUUAUGCUUAAAAACUUUACAAUUUCAAUGGACAACCUUCAGUGUGGACGUAUACACACGAUACUAACUUGUGCAUUCAGCCACUUAAGCAUGGGACAUCUUGCAUCUGAUAUGAUCAAUCUCUUCUGCUUUGGCAGUAGUAUUGGGAGGGUGUUUGGACCAGAGUUUCUGCUGAAGCUAUAUGUGUCUGGGGCUAUAGGUGGAUCUGUAUGCUAUAUGUUGCACUAUGCCUAUCUAGUUAGUCCAUUUAAGGAACAAGGAAAUUCAAGCAAAGAAGCAUUAAAAGCUCCACGACUGGUAAGUUUAGUGAGGCACUUUAUAAUGUGCUCUCUUAUGUUUUAAAUCAUUUCCAAUAGUUUUUACAAUGAAUUAAUG